AUGGAGCGAUCGUAUAGAAACGCUAGCACACUACUUGAAAGUCGCAAAGAUCGUAUUGAGACGACCAGGCGCAGUAGAGCUUCUCAAUUACUCAAGAAAACCACAUGCGGUACCAGUGAUGGAGAAGACUCUGCAAACGAGGCAACAAAUAACAGGUUGAGCACUUCAGUGGGUAAUCCAACUAAGCCUGGCAACUAUGGUAUGAAUGAAUGGCUUGAUGCUCUUGGGUAUACACACAAAGAAUUCGACAUCAUCCAUAUUUCAGGAACCAAAGGCAAAGCAUCCACAUUCAUGUUUGUAAAAUCCUUCCUCUCAUCCUAUGCAUCCAGAACAGGCGUAUUGAAAAGAAUUGGUCUAUACACCAAUCCCUACUCUCCAAACAUCCGCGAGCCAAUCAAGAUAAACUCCAAGCCAAUAUCCGAAGAUAAAUUCGCCAGAUAUUUCUUCCAAGUAUGGGAGAUUCUGUCGAGCAGAUUUUCCGAGACAUCAAUGCCGGAUUACAUGCAAUUAAGAUUUCUAGUUGCAAUCUAUGUAUUCAUGAGUGAAGAUAUCGAUGUGGUUAUCAUGGAAACUCAUACCGGAGGAGAAACAGACGCUACAAAUUUCGUUAAACCUGUGGCGGUAGGUAUCACCCAGAUUCACAGCGAAGGUCUCGAAACCGGUAGUUUAUCUGUAGAAGAUCUUGCAUGGCACGCAGCCGGCAUCAUGAAAACCUAUACUCCUACAUAUUCCAUCCCACAAGACCCCUUGAUACAAAAAGUACUCGAAACGCGCGCCCACGAAAAAAGGAUGGCGUUAAACUUCGUAACGCCAGACUAUCGCCUCCCAGCCAUAUCCCACGCACUCAAAACCGACCUCAAAAGAUCCCUAUGCUCCCUCGCCCUCACCCUCACAGACACAUACCUCCACACCCUCUCUCUCUCCAACGAAAAACAUCCCCCACUCUCCUCCGAAGACAUCUCCAUCGGCCUCGAUCGAUAUUUCUGGCCCGGCCGUUUCCAAAAGUUAGAAGUGGGUCAGAAUACCUGGUUUCUGGAUAGUGCACAUCAUGCGCAAACGGCACCGAGAGCAGCAGAAUGGUUCGCCAUGAGUGUGUGUGAAGAAGCGACGCUUUCUCCUUUCUCGUAUGCGAUGAGGAGAUUGAAACAAACGGUUUUGAAUCGUGAAGAGCCGGGGAAUCCAAAGGUGGUGGUUUUUGCUCAUCGCGAAAAAGGGGGUGGGGGUGGGGAUGGAGAGAUGGUGGUGCAGAGUUUGGUGAAGGCGCUGCUGAAACAUAGGUCCACAUCCACAGCCCCAAUAACCCCAUCUAACCCAUCCAAUCCAUCCCUCCCACUCUCUUCACCCACCCCACCCACCCCCUCCACCCUCUUCACCCUCCACUCCUACGCCCAGACCUGGCAACGACUCUCCCCAAACACCAGUAUCCUGCUCGAACCAGAUUAUGUCUCCGCCAUCCAACUAGCUUCUAAAAUCGGUUUUCAAAAUCAUGCAAUGGAGUGUUUGGUAACAGGCAGUUUGUAUUUGGUGGGGAACGCUUUGAGGUGUUUGGAUCCCAGGGGCGAGAAGGUGUGA